CCAUGUACUCUCUGGCCCUGAAGUGUCUGAUCAGCCUGUCUACAGUCAUACUGCUGGGCCUCAUCAUAGCCUAUCAUGCACGAGAAGUCCAGCUCUUCGUCAUCGACAACGGAGCGGACGACUGGCGCAUCGCCAUGACAUUGAAUCGGGUGUUGCUGAUAUCGUUGGAACUACUGGUGUCGGCAGUGCAUCCGGUGCCCGGGGAUUUUAAGUUCCAGUGGCGGGCACGUCUGGCGUUCUCUUAUGCCCCGUCCCAGGCUGAGGCUGACCUGGACAUGGUGCUGAGUGUUCCCAUGUUCCUCCGCCUCUACCUCAUCGCCCGCGUCAUGCUGCUGCACAGCAAACUGUUCACUGAUGCCUCCUCACGGAGCAUAGGGGCCCUCAAUAAGGUGCACUUUAAUACGAGGUUUGUGAUGAAGACUCUGAUGACCAUCUGUCCAGGCACUGUUCUCCUGGUCUUCAGCAUCUCACUGUGGAUCAUCGCUGCCUGGACCGUACGAGUGUGUGAGAGGUAUCAUGAUGCCCAGGAUGUGACCAGUAACUUCCUGGGGGCGAUGUGGCUCAUCUCUAUCACCUUCCUGUCUAUUGGCUACGGAGACAUGGUGCCUCACACAUACUGUGGCAAAGGAGUCUGUCUACUAACCGGCAUCAUGGGUGCAGGCUGUACAGCUCUAGUGGUUGCCGUGGUAGCAAGGAAGCUGGAGUUGACCAAGGCGGAGAAACACGUCCACAACUUCAUGAUGGACACACAACUCACCAAGAGGAUAAAAAAUGCUGCGGCCAACGUUCUGAGGGAGACUUGGCUCAUCUACAAACACACCAAACUACAGAAGAAGAUUGACCACUCCAGAGUCCGCAAACACCAGAGGAAGUUCCUGCAGGCCAUCCACCAACUGCGUAGUGUGAAGAUGGAGCAGAGGAAACUGAGUGAUCAGGCCAACACUCUGGUGGACCUCUCAAAGAUGCAAAGCGUGAUGUACGAGCUGAUGUCAGAGCUGAACGACCGCAGUGAGGACCUGGAGCGGCAGAUGCUGUCUUUGGAAACACGGGUGGAGCAGCUGACCGCCGGCUUCAGUGCCCUGCCUGCCCACCUGUCUGCCACGCUGUCUGCCCAGCACACCACCCUGCUCCACCUGCUCCGAGAGAGGGACGCCAGGGACUACAGAGGAGGAGGAUGGGGAGGGGAGGUGCAGGUGGAGGAGGGACAGCCCUGGUCCCUGUUAAAGUUGGCCCCUGCCCAUGCCCUGACUCCAAGCCCAACCCUGGCCCCAGAGCCACAGCAGCCCCCAGAAGGAACCAUAGAGGGCAGCACUAGUCCCAAUACUAGCACCUCUAGUUGUUGAAGAGAGGAGGAGGAGAGGAUGGGAAGGGGAAAGAAGAGGUGAGGGUAGAGGAGGAGAUCAGACCCAAUACUAGAGGAGGAGGGAGAGGGGGAGGGUGGGGGAGAGGAUGGGUAAGGGAGGGCAGCCAGAAGCCCAACACUAGCUCAUCCAGCUGCUAAGGAAAUGAGUAGGGAGGGAGGAGGGGUGAGGUAGGGGAGGAAAAUAAAGGAGUGGGGGAAA